GAAAAUUCAAAAUGAACGAUUUCAACGAGCCGGACACUGAUGGCUGCCCUGAAAUUUAUCUUAGUCACUGGGAGAAGAAAUAUCUGGAGGAUUGGGACAAAGAAAGUUUCAUUGAGGAGCGCAUACUGGCCGAAAAUGAGAAAACCACCCAGAAGCUCUGGUCAUCCUUUCAAAGUUCAGCUUCUGCCAUUACAGAUUUACACAAAGAAGGUCAACAGCGAACUGUGAUAUCCCUCUGGUUACCUUUUCAGACGGCUGCCAGUAAUGCAACAUUACUCUAUCGAGAUGGCCUUGAAGCAGUUAAAAAGAACUUUGAACUCGGUCAACAGCUCGGCCAGUUAAGGAGAACGAAAGAGAUACUGUCCUGGGCCAAAAAACGACGGCGAAACAUACAGAGAGAUGAACUAAUAGCAUUUCUCUGCGGCAAGCCAGCCCCAGUCAGGCACCAUCGAAUAAACGGGGGGUCCAGAAUGAACAGAAUCGAAUCUCUACCUCGCUACUUGGCAUCAAAUGGUGACUGUAAUAGAGAUGGUGUCGUCGAUUUGCAGCUAUUCCGAGACGCACUCGGUAUUCAGAAUCAAGGUAAUUCGCGUCGUUCACCGUCACGCUCGUUAUGCGAAGACUUCUUAUUGGUCGAUACGUCGUCGAGGAAACGACCCAACGACCGCUUAGAUAGUCCGAGUAACAACAAAAGACAGAAGAUUUGCGGCAUGGAGAUAGAAGACUAUUAAUUCUAUGUUUUUUUAUUAUUAUUUGUUAUUAUUUUUCAUUAUUUUUUGAAAUUCUUUAUUAUUGUCCAGUUAUUAUUUACGCCCAUACAUCCUAUUUCUCAUCAUUACAGUACUUGUUUAACAUUUGGGCUUUUUAUGAAA